AUGAAUAGCAUGAAUUACAUUGGAAAAUUCAUAAGCAAUUUUCGUGAUUUUUACAAUGAGAUCAACGCAGCCACAUUGACUGGAGCCAUUGACGUCGUCGUCGUCGAACAACCAGACGGAUCCUUUACUUGUUCUCCAUUUCACGUUAGAUUUGGAAAACUCGGAGUUCUUCGAUCUCGCGAAAAAAUUGUCGAUAUAGAAAUCAAUGGAGAACCUUUGAAUAUUCACAUGAAAUUGGGAGAUUCCGGUGAAGCUUUUUUCGUCGAAGAAGUUUAUCCGAACGAGGAAGGAGAUGAAGAAGUGAUUCCACCUCAUUUGGCUUGCUCUCCCAUUCCUUCACACGACCAAAUCGAGUCUUGGAUGAUAGAUGCGGAAAAAGCACAGUACGGGAUUCAAUGGAAAAACAACGGCGGAAAUGACGAAAUCAUAACGAAAAACGAUAAAAAUAAUAAUAACAGUUCGAAUAAAAUAAGCGUGAAUACCGUGACAACGUCGGCGAAAGUUUUCGUGGCGGAAACAAUCGCCGAUCAAGAUAAAGUGAGAAAAAUCAGUAUUGCGGCCGCGGAUUUCAUAACGAUCGAAAAUCAAGAAAAUAAAGAGAAAAAAAAUAACGUCGCAAUUUGCGAUUCUCAAACGUCUGCCGAUGAAAAAGAUGGCGGCGGAGGGGUUGGCGAAGAGAAAAAAUCAUCGGAAGAAAACAAAGAAAAUACGGAAAACAAUUUGAGUUCGAAUUCUUCGUCGGCUUCGCUAAAUCAAUCUCAAUUUUCCACCGGGGAAAAACAACAAAAUGGAAAACGUAAAAGGCGAAAGAAAUCGCAUUUUAAAAAGAAGAGCAGCAUUUCCGGUAACAAUUCGAAUAUUAGUAGUAAUAAUAAUAAUAAUAAUAACAAUAAUAGUAUUAGUGGCGGGAGUACAAAUGGUGGUAACGCGGAUAAUAAAAAAGUUCAACCGCUCGUCGUCGACGAUGACGACGAGGACGACGACGACGACAACAGAGAAUAUCCGGCCAUGUUUUCAAUGUGUGACGUCGUAUCCAAAGAUAUGUCGAAGAGAUCCAGAGAUGCUCAAGUUUGCAUUUCAACGGAAACGGUUCAAGAUGGAAAGAAUUCUUCUUCUAAUUUCACCGUUAACAUAAAAAGUUGUUCGAACGAUUCGUUGAACGACCUCGCCAAGAUACCCCUGAACAGCGAACACGAUUUUCACUUUUUCAGCGAUACCGAAUUGACACCGGGUUGCAGUCCGGAAUCGAGACCGUGUUCGCCCAUAGUAUCAGACACGGAAAUAGAACAGAGAAGACACGAAGAGGAAAGCGUGUCGGAUGCGUCGGUCGUGUCGCAAUCGUGGAAAUGGGGAGAACUUCCGAGUCCUCUGCCAAGAUCUCAACAAGUAUCGUCGACGAAAAUGAAAGCCCCGUUGGAACCGACGGAUCAAGAGGCUGUGAAAAAACAACAGCAAGAGGAAGCUCAAAAAUCAAUGCUCAGCGGAAUGUUUUCGUUUAUGAAAAAGACGAAACAUUUGAGACAGGAUCAAACGGAGGGAAUAUAUUUGUCGGAACUUAAUUCCGAAGAGUUGGAUCCGGAAGUUGCUGCUUUAUACUUUCCACAUUCUUAUAGGGGAGAAACCAAAUCUGGUCACAACGAAGAGGAUGCCGAAAGUGGUAACGGACCCUCUAUUCCUCAUUCCCCCAACAGUCAGUCUCCUCACACGAUAGGAAGCGGAAACGAUUUGACAAAUUUGUCUUUGUGGGCGGAAGUAUCAAUAUCACUUUGCGGAAAUUUAGAAACGGGUUUAUCCGACGAAUUAUUCAAUCAAUUUAUAGUAUCAUACGAUGAUUUCGUUAAUAAUCCGAUGGUAAUAGAAAAUCCGGAUUUGGUCGUGCGAAUCGAUGGAAAAUAUUACAAUUGGAGAACUGCUUGCCCCCUAAUAAUGUCUUUGGCCCUUUAUAAGAAACCGUUACCACAGCCUGUGAUAGAAUUAUUGUCGAAUGAAUUUAUGCCGCCUCAGCAGAAUAAAAAAGACAAAGUCGAAGUGGCGGAAAACACGAGGAGUUAUUCUUGGUUCAACUGGAGAAGAUUCAGCGAAUCGAAAAAUAAAAAAGUUCAAGAUUUAAAGACUGUCGACGAAGUUUUCGCAAUGAAAGAAGAAAACACUUACGCGGCGGAACCCGAAAUGGCCAUUCCCGCGAUUGAUGAAAAAGAUGGAAAAGAUGACAAGGAGGAUGAAAAGGAAGAAGAGAAAGAUGAGAAAAACGAAAAGGAAGAAGAGAAAGAUGAGAAAAACGAAAAGGAAGAAGAGAAAGAUGGAAAAUACGAAAAGGAAGAAAAAGAAGAAGGAUACGCGGGAUCGAAUUCGAGCGAAGAUUCCGACGGUGGUCAAACGAAAACGGGUACGAAAGUUUCUAUGGAAAGGAGGUAUUAUCAAUCUAGGGAUAAAUGUCGGAAAACUCUCAGACUGUCAUCGGAACAAAUAGCUAGUCUAAAUUUAAAAGAUGGAGCCAACGAAGUAGUUUUUAGCGUGACGACUGCAUAUCAAGGUACGAGCAGGUGCAAGUGUCACAUAUACAAAUGGAAACACGACGAUAGGAUAGUCAUAUCCGACAUUGACGGAACCAUAACAAAGUCGGAUGUUCUCGGACACAUAUUGCCCAUCGUCGGAAAAGACUGGGCUCAAAGCGGAGUUGCUCAAUUGUUUACCAAAAUAAAAAACAACGGGUAUAAAUUGUUAUAUUUGUCUGCGAGAGCCAUUGGGCAAGCGAGAGUCACUAGGGAUUACCUCAAAUCCAUCAAACAGGGGGAUUUGUCACUACCGGAAGGACCCUUGCUGUUGAAUCCGACUAGUCUAAUAAGCGCUUUUCACAGGGAAGUCAUCGAGAAAAAACCAGAAGAAUUUAAAAUAUCUUGUUUGAGAGAUAUCGCCGCAUUGUUUCCGCCGGAUGUGAAACCGUUUUACGCAGGAUACGGAAAUAGAGUCAACGACGUUUGGGCGUACAGAGCCGUCGGGAUUCCAAUCGUGAGAAUUUUCACAAUUAAUUACAAGGGAGAAUUGAAACACGAACUCACGCAAACGUUUCAAUCGUCGUACAUGAACAUGUGUCAUUUGGUUGACGAAAUGUUUCCGCCCCCACCGGAAGAACUCCCGGAAGAUUUCAGUAAUUUUAUAUUUUGGCGGGAUCCUAUACCGGAAUUGGACGUGACGUCAUUUUCGAUACCCAGCGAAAAUAAAAACAAUGGAAAAUCGAAAAAAUUUUAA